AGUCAAUAUCUAUCAAAGCAAACAGGGUGGCUAAAAUGAUAUUUUGGCUUCCUUUCUUCUUUUUCACACUAUUCCAAGGUGUCCUAUCAGAGGUCCAGCUGGUGGAAUCUGGAGGAGAUUUUAAAAGGCCUGGGGACUCCCUUCUCCUUUCCUGUCGAGGCUCUGGUUUCACCUUCAGCAGCUACAGAUUUAACUGGGUGAGGCAGGCUCCUGGAAAGGGUCUGGAAUGGGUGGCCUAUAUCAGUACAUCCUCAAGUCCCAUUUAUUACUCGGAUUCAGUGAAGGGGCGCUUCACCAUCUCCAGGGAUGACUCCAACAGCCUGCUGAAGUUGCAAAUGAACAACCUGAAGCCAAAAGACACGGCCAUGUAUUAUUGUGCAAGUGACACAGUGAGAGGAAGUUCCUCAUCACAGGUGGUUCUUACUCAGUCGGAACCAGUGCUGAAAAAGCCUGGCGAAUCACAUCAACUGACCUGUGCCACCUCAGGAUUUACUCUUAGUAGCACCUGGAUGAACUGGGUCCGGCAGAAGCCUGGCAAAGGUUUGGAAUGGGUUGUUCGGUACUACGGCUCGGGCAGUGAAUAUUACUCCCCUGCAACUGAAGGUCGAUUCACAGCCUCCAAGUCUGGCUCCAAUUUGUACCUGCAGAUCAGGAGCCUGAAAGUGGAGGACACAGCUGUGUAUUACUGUGCAAGAAGCACACUGAGAGGGAUCCUAGCAGAGCUCUGGGAAUAA